UCAAGCGACAGAAGUUUCGAAUGGCAAAGCGACUCGCGGUUCGUCGUAACACAGCGAUACAUCGUAAAAGCAUCUAUGCGGAACUCUCUACGCGGAGACGACUAAACCGAUCCGAUUCUUUCCACGAAACACGAUCGAGGAUGUAUAAAACAAAAUAAAUUGGGCAUAGGAUCGAUGUUAUGAUAUCCGAAUACUUUAAUAUCAAAGACAGCAAGGUCGACUUAUCAAAUCGACAUUUGAUAACAAAGUUAAUAAAUUCGAAGAGCACGAAGAUUCAAUCAGAAUUGAAGAGCAAAAGGAAAGACUAGACAGACAGCGAACACGAAGCUUAUCAGAAUAAAGAUGGUAACGUGAAGUGACAAGAUUGAAGGAAGAUUAAUGCAAAAUCAGGAAGUGAUAAAAAUUGCUGAACGAUGGAAAUAAGUUCGAUGAUGACAACGACGGCCGCUUCCCAUUAUUACGAUGAUUGUAAAUUCAUGCAAAACUUCAGCAACAGCAGCAAUGAAGGACCAUUCGAAUGUGGACAGGAGGUCAAUACCAAUGGCCUAGCUGACUUUAUUAUUUAUGGUAUAUUUGUCAACCUGAUUGGUCUCUUCGGAAUCUUCGGCAACACAAUCUCUAUGAUCAUCUUGUCACGGCCGCAGAUGAAAUCUUCUAUCAAUUAUCUAUUGAUUGGAUUGGCCAGAUGUGACACAGUACUGAUUAUCAUUGCGGUAUUAAUCUACGGAUUACCAGCAAUCUACACGUAUACAGGCGCGCUAUUCGACUACAAGUUUAUCGUCUAUCCGAAAACCAUAAGGUACCUGUAUCCAUUGGCUUGCAUAGCGCAAUUUGUGACAGUGUAUCUGACGUUAACGGUGACUUUAGAGAGAUACAUCGCGGUCUGCCAUCCAUUGAAAGCUAGAUCCUUUUGCACUUAUGGACGGGCCCAAGUGGCAGUGCUGAUCAUAGUGAUCGUCGCUUUUAUUUACAAUCUACCUAAAUUCUGGGAAAUUGAAGUAUACAACGAGAAGCAUUGGAAGUAUAAUAUCACGGUAUACUGUGUUAAUCCAACUGAAUUGAGGAGCAAUGAAUAUUAUGUCAUCCUGUAUAUUCAUUGGAUGUACUUUUUUGUGUAUUACAUGUUCCCGUUCAUCGCACUGGUGAUUUUUAAUACGGCCAUUUAUCGAAGGGUCAGAAAGGCGAACAGAGACCUGCAGCAGCUGUCGCGUCAUCAGCGUCGAGAGAUCGGCCUGGCGACGAUGUUGAUGUGCGUGGUGAUCGUGUUCCUGAUCUGUAAUAUCCUGCCUAUGAUUUCAAAUGCGCAUGAGACAUUCAUCGCAGAUCCGCCGCAAUGGAUGGUGCAAAUCGGCAAUCUGUUGGUGACUAUCAACAGCAGCAUCAACUUCAUCAUUUACGUGAUCUUCGGUCGGAAGUUCAAGAGAAUAUUCCUUAAGCUCUUCUGCUCGUCCAGGCUGUUUGUGCCAGGCCGGGACAGUCCGGAGUUUCAGACUUACGACGAAUCGGUCAUCACGACGAAUAUCGAAUUAAGAAAUUCAGUCAGGCACGGUCAUCUCCACCGUGCCAACACCAUCAACUGGAAUAACAACAUCCACGUGUCCAACGGCAGCACCAGACAGAGCCUGAAGAACAAUAGACCAAUCAGCCCCGGUUCUUGCUUUUAUCCGGGCAAGAAUUCAGUGAGAAAUCUUAGUCAAAUAUCGAGAACGUCGAAUAGUCGCAAUAGUUGGACCAGAGAAGAGAACGGCGAUUCUACACUAUAAUAGACAGCAACAGCUGUCCUUCAUGUUUAUUACACAAUUAGAAAUCUGCCGAAUGUUUUUAAUCAAUGUUAAGAAUUUUCACUCAUUAAAAGUAGUAAAAAAAGUAGAAUGUGAUAAUUCCAAUGCCAAUAGACAACAAAAUGUCAGUCUUUUACAUUUGUUAUCUUGCCAGAAAUCAACUGUGUCUCAAUCGCUU